CUCUGCCCCACCACCUUUACAAGACGAGAUCACAACCAGAACACGACAACGGCGACGAAGACGACGGCGUGGUGUGGGUUCCAACAGCAAGCAUUUGACGACGACUGCACACUUCUAUUUGCGACUGCGCCCUCAUAGCCGUGAUUGCCGGAAGCGAAAACCUCGUCACCAUGGCGGCAUUCGAACCCUCCCUGUCGCAAAGCCUCAGCCGGCCGCCAAUGUCUACGGCCGCGCCCUCGAUGGCCGACUCGCUGCCAAACAUCAACUUCGGCUUUGAUGAGCUGCGCGACCGCAUGACAAAGUUCACAGCCAGAUUUGAUACGUUCAUCGAGCAAAGCCGAAAGCGUGUCCUCGAGGAGCGCAACCAGUUUCGCAUGAACGUCGCAGAGCUUCAAGAGGACCAGCGCAUGAAGAAGAAGGACAUGGAGAUCCUCCAGCUCAAGACCAGCACCCACCAGCAGACCGUCUCGAAAGAGGCGGCCGAGAAACGCGAGAUGCAAGCGGCCAUCGCCUCGCUCACGGAACAGCGCGACAAGAACAUGGCCCAGCGCGAUGCGCUGAAACAGCAGAUCGCCGAGACGCAGAAGGAGAUUGACGCCCGCCUGGCGGCGCAGCGUGCACAUGCGGCGCGCAUCGAUGCGCAGGCACGGUUCAACAUACCCGAGCUCGAUUUCUGGGUGACGAACCUGUGCUUGAGGAUCGAGGGUGCCGGGCAGACGGACCGGCUGCGCUUCAUCUACUCACAUAUCGACGAGAAGGAUUGGGAGCGCGAGGCGUGGUUCGAGCUGAGCACGGCGUCGAGAGAUUACGACGUGAGGCAUUGCAGGCCAAAGCUCGAGCGCGAGAAGGUGGAAAGAGUGCUCGAGCGGGUCAACGAGUCCAGAGAGCUGGUGGCGCUGCUGAAGGGGAUGCGGGAGCUGUUUGUUGAGGCGAUGAAGUCCUGACGGGUCUUGCGAGCGGGAAGGCAAUUGCAAUCUGCCGAGUCUGAUGACCACAUGGCGUCGCGGAGUUCUGGGGUAUAUACCACAUCUUUUUAGCGGUGAUUGGAGUGAAAUUAAUCUGCAGCGUAUCGUGGUGCGCCACUGCAAUUGAUCAAGCGUUGUUCGAA